AUGAGCGUCCUCCUUACCCCGCCUGCGACGAGUCACCGCAAUGUCAAGGAGAACCUCAGGCCGGCGGGCUCUCGCGUGGUGUGGUGCUCGCAAAACCAGUACCACAACCUUGCCCUGUCGCCCUCUAAGCCACUAUCCUACAACCCUAAAACCAUACCAACACGCUCUAUCCUGAAGAAAACACAAGCAGUCUUGCCAUUUGAGGGGGAAAGCCAACGCGAGGUUACACCGGAACCGUCGAGUCCGCUCGACGACGCGCAAUAUCUGGCCCGACCCGUCGACGCGAUCCUCCAAUUAGACACGUCCCUUCAGGAGCUCAUCGAAUCUUAUUCCGUCCUUGCGGCACGACUGCGAUCCACAAUUGCAACAGCAAGCGAUACCGACAGGCACUGCCCGCUAUUACAGCCUAUAGCUCGCGCCACGGAUGCGUUCGUCGACGCGUUGUCAAGGGAUCUUGGACGCGCCUUGGUAGACCCCGCGCCUCCUGCGGAAGACAAGGGCGCGCCCCCGUCGCCGAAACCCUCGCCGAACGGCAAACGCGUCGGUAUGUCUGCUGAGCAAGUCAAAUACGCGCGGGAUCUAUGCACGACAACGCACGCGGUCAUCAAGCUUCUGGCCGUUGUCCUUACAAUACCAACGUUAUACGAGCUUUUCAACGAUGCUCAACUGCAACAAAUUCUCACUUCUAUCUUGGCGAUACCCCUUGCUCCUUACCUCCCGACCCCGAACGCCCGCAAAACCCACGCACUUGUCAUCUGGCUUCUACAGACGCAGAGGCUUCCCGCUCAUAACCUGAAACCUGCUGCGGAUCGUAUAGCGUACGCUCUUCGUCGCGGAAUCGAGGGCGAGCUGGGCAGGGAAGGCAAGAAAGGCUCUGCUAGUGAUGGCCUCAAGGCCAUUCACGACCUUUCCCUGCAUGCGCCGGACGUGUUCGUCCCGGCGUUUGCCGUUCUUCUCCCCUUCAUGUUGAACAACUUGCUGGCUUCAACGUUGGCCAUGCGCUCCCAAGCUACGCUUGCCCUCGGGGGUUUCGCGAAAGCUUACGCGUCUAUUUCUCCAUCUUAUGCAUUGCAAGAAAGUCUCGCGUCCCACGUCGUCGAGAUCCUGUUCCGUCCGUCGCCAGCCAAGUCUCCAUCGAAAUUCUCCUCGGCCGCGACGUCCCCUACGAAGGAGUCGCAGCUCGUGCGGACUUUCCGAACUACUCUCCAGACGCCGGACCCUUCCCAUGCCGCCCAGGGCCCCGUCUGGGCGUUAUGUAGCCUCUCAUCGCUCAUCGUCCUGCUAGGAGCGAGGGCGAGUCGGGACGAGCGCAUCGGGCGUUUGAUCAAGGCGCUUCUUAACGUCGCCAUGCGACACGGGCGCAGCAGCAUCCGUGCUCUCGCUUGCGUCGCAUGGAGGGUCAUAUCCUGGUCGUGGUUUGUUGAGAGACCUCAGAAGCCCGAGAAGACGGACGAGGAUAUGGAUAGCGAUGAGGAGGAGGAUGAAGACGAGGAGCAAGCUGCAUUGAAGGCGGAAGGCGAGCGGAAGGCGCGUGAUGCGUGGUGGGUGCUCAUGCGGAGCAUCGUCGAUAUGGGUGCAGGUGCAUCGGUCGUGGUCUCGUUGUCGAACCAACACUUCGUCGCUGGGAUAGAUGACGAAUGGACCGGAGUGUACGGAUCGAAGGAGCAUAUCCGGACGGAAAACCUCGCCAAGGCACUAGACGUCGUGAACGCAAUGGCGUCCAAGGGCGGACAGACGACCGGUCAAGCCAUCGACCUCCUGGGCCAGUUCGUGUCACCAUACGCUGUCGCUAAUAACGCCGAAUCGUCAGUGCCCAAGGAGGGUUACAAGACUUGGGCGGUGCACAAGCUCCUCCCACCGUCCCUCUUUAGCUCAUGCCCCGGGCUGCUCACCGUCGAAUGGCGCAGCCUGGUCACGGUGGUCCGAAAUGUGUUGGACGAGUGCCCCUCGAUUGAGGAUGCCCGCCCACUUCGCAAGGACGAGUUGAGCAGACACAUCGUGUUCGACUCGAUCAUAGACUCGUGGAGGGACGCCAUCGCUGCUGGCACCGGCGAGGUGGAGUUUAAUCCAACCACCGGGCUGCCAGAAGUGGUAACGGCUGAGGUUCUCGUUGUCUGGGACGGACUCGUCCGGGCUAACCUUGGUCUUUUGGAGGAGGCUUCCGAUGACUAUGGGACUAGGGCUCUCGCUCAUCGCUGCGUCGACGUGAUUGUAGACGUCCUUCAGACGCAACUAUUUAACACUACACCUCCGAAGAAGGCCGGAAAGGUACUGCCGUCGACGUCCUCUCAGAGCCCCGCCACGGAGCCCGUGGUUCCUGGUCUUGACCUCGCGCCUCUCUCGGUGAAUGCCAUGAGGGUGAAACUAGCAAGCGCUAUGUGGGCCAUCUUGGCCGGAGCUAUGCCUGCCGAUGCUUGUGUCGGCGCCGGAGAAAAGCUACUGCAAUGGUUGGACGCUUACUGGUCCGAUUCCCUCCCUGAUGCUGAGAUCGACUGCGGCGUACUCUGUGCGGACUUGAUCGUUAUCAUGGAUGUGGACAUCCUGCGCGGCUAUUGGCAGCAUUGCUCCAAGCGUGGUUGGGAUGACCUAAGCGUUCGGAAUGCCGUCUGGCGUGGUUUCGUGGAGAAAUGGGUUGCGACUAGUCGCUCGUGGACCGACAGUGUCGAGCUGCUUGUCGUCCCAUUUGCAUCUCCCGAGACUUGGGAAAUGCAGUCGGCAGAUAUUGAUGCCUGGGAUCAACUCCUGCGUCAUGCCAUAGCCAGAGCGGCAGAUUAUGGGGUUGAGACCGUCGACGUUCUCGAGCAUGUCUCCCGUUCCUUAUCGACAACCCACUUGCCCACUUCUAUGGCCUGCAUCCGUAUCGCAGACUUGCUCCUUUCGCAGCUGGACAUCGAUGAAGCCUCAAAUAUCCCGCUAAACCUCAUGGAGUACGUCGACGACGCGCUUCGAGCUGCAUACCCACCGGAACCACGGAGCAAGGUUUUUGCUCUGUGGUUGGUGCGGAGCAUUGUUGCGGUGGUCGACAAAUGCCCGCCUGCAAUCGCGCCUCGGAUGGUAAAGGCGUUGCAAGAGAGUCUUGCGGUGUGGAUCCAGGACGAGUACGAGACCCUCGAGGAGGAAGAAUAUGUGUUCGACCUCCUCCCUCUCUACCAAACCAUCUGCGUGUCAGCCCAAACAUCGUCUCCCGAUGUCACCGUCCUCGACUCAUACUCCAUGGUGCUGGAGUCCGCUUUCCUGGGACGGGCAUCAAAACAGGCCGCAAUGGCUCAGUCCUUCCAACAGUUCUGGCGCGAGAGCUUUGGCCUGCUCGAGGUUUCGUCCAGUGGAUGGCCUGCGAGGAUUCAAAGCUGCCUCGACGCGCUCAAAGCUGGCCAUGCGGUUUCCGAGAAACCUGUAGAACCUCAACUUGUAAUAUCUCCAGAGAAGGAAGAGACCAUGGCCGAGGUGGAAGAUGUCGAGAAGCUGCUGUUUCCCGACAGCGACGACGAACUGGACGAGGCCUUCUCCCUCGUCAAUCGCCCUGCGUCGCCACUUCGUCCCGCCAUUCCUACCAUUUCUCGUCCGUCUACCCCACCGUCGACCCCGAGGGCGAGUUCGACCAUCUUCUCCACUCCGACACGUCCGAGCAAGAGCUCAAGCUCUUCCGUCCCUUCGAGCUGCCCCUCCACGUCACUAUCUCCCAGGUCUCCUGCCAGUCCCUCGCCCUCGAGGCGUCGUCGCCCCUCCGACGUUGCAAACAAGGAAAAUCUUGCGCUCAUCUCUAUGAAGCCGCUCUUUACGUCCGAGUCCGGUGCAGUUCUUGGAAAGCGGCGAGAAUUGCAGGAAGGAGCGCACGACGAGGAGGACGUGUUCGGGUCAAAGAAGGUGCGCACGAUGGCCCCACCCGCGGAGGUUCCAUUCCGAGUAGGACCCCCCUCGCACAAAAGAGCGAGUGCAGGAACAGGGCUCUCGACGAAGCGGAGCUAUUCGUUGAUCGCGGUUGAGCUUCCGACCUUGAAGGAAGUAAGGAGGCGAACCGUCAGCGAUGCUGGUCGUCAUAAGAAGAAUGCUCCCGUGGCCCUUCGACGACACAGGUCUCUCCAGACGUUGAAUGGUCUCAGCGACUCCGCUAUCGCCACCGCUGAUGACGUCUUGGACAUGACACCACGAAAACGGAGGAAGACCAUUGAGGAGUUGACGCUCGACGCCACGGCCGUGGAUGCCGGGUGCUUGUUCGGAAGUGACGACUCGAUCAUGCUCUAUUCCGAAAGCGACAGCAUCCCGCCAUCAUCCGAUAGCUCCGACGAUCAGGCUAUGUUACCUCCUCCCAUCUCACCUGCCAUUCGGCGCCUUCAGAUGGAUUGUGAUCCGUCGAGCGACGACUCAGAUCUAUCUUCGAGCCCUUCAGCGCAACGAGCAGCUCGGCGUCGAGAACACCAUGCAGCAGGCUCCAGCCGAGCCAUCCAAUCUCUAGUCUUCACGAAAGUCUUCAAAGUGCAACUCCAUCCGCAACCGUCAGAACCCGUCUUUUUGAAGUACAGGUUCAACAAGCAAUAUCGGCAUCCAACCCUUGACUCAUCUCUCACGCGUUCUCGGGUCGCGGGCGAGGCGCGUGCCAUUGCGAAAUGCUUGAGAGCUGGAGUUAGCGUUCCAGGCAUCCGGAUGGUAGAUGCGACGGAAGGUGUGAUCGGCCUCGAAUGGAUCGAUGGUCAGAGCGUACGCAAACUACUCGGCGGCGGCGCAGAAGACGAGAUCGAGGAGGUGGAAGGGAGUGAAGGGGACUCGAACGAUGCUGCUGGUCCCGGACCUACGGAUACGGAUGCUUUGCAGGAAUACGGCGUGACGACCAAUAGCCUGAUGCGCAUGGUCGGAGAAGAGAUUGGGAAAAUGCAUGUCGCAGACAUCAUUCACGGUGACCUCACUACCUCGAACAUGAUGCUUCGCCAUCCAUCAUCGGUGCAUCCCUGCCCUUUCGUCUUGAUCGACUUCGGUCUAUCGUACAUCUCAUCAUUGGUCGAAGAUAAGGCUGUUGACCUUUACGUCCUCGAACGCGCCUUCGCAUCCACGCAUCCGGACUCAUCGUCGAUGUUUGAAGGAGUGCUCAAUGCCUACGAAACAUGCGUUGGCCCGAAGGCCUGGAAAAUUGUGAAGGGACGACUGGACGAAGGUCAAGCCCGGCAUCCGUAUCGCGAUAGUUGGCGCCGGAUUGGCGGGCUUGAGCUGUGCAUUGAGCUUGGCGAUAAUCCACAAAUACGCGAGGUGAACGUCUAUGACGCCACACAAGAGCUGACAGAGGUCGGAGCCGGGAUCGCCCUGUGGCGGCGCCCAUGGUUGAUCAUGGAGGCAAUCGGUCUUGGUUCGGAGCUCCGGCGGCUGCAGGCUCGACCUCCCACGGAUAAGGCUGAAUUAACGUUUCGGUUCCGCAAGAGUGCCGACAGCGGGAAAAGCUUCACGUUCCACGAGUUGUUCACGAACGGCGGCCUUCAGUCCUUUCACCGCGCGGAUUUCCAGGGCACGCUCCUGAGCCAUCUUCCGGAGCUGUACAAGGUGCAUCUCCGCAAGCGGCUUGUUCGAUACGAGGUCAUUUCCAGCGAGAAUACCAGCCCGCCCUACAGCCACAUCUUGCUCCACUUCGAAGACAAGACCAGUGCAACAUGUGAUCUCCUCGUGGGUGCCGAUGGGGUAAAGUCUACAGUUAGGGCUUGCAUGUAUGCAAAGAAUCCCGCACUGGCCGAGCCGAUAUGGAGCGGCUGGUGCGCAUACAGAGGCCCCAUUCCAAAGGCGGUUAUGGAGUCGGAAUUACCCAAACAUCCCGCCAGGGAAGGCCCGCUCAUCUACUUCGGCAGAAACAAGCACAUGGUGGCGUAUCCUCUCCGCACCUCCCACGGCGAGAUACGGGCGAUCAAUGUGGUUGCGAAGCAAGAUGUUAUCGAGAAAUUCUCGAACCUCGGCGAGGAAUCAAUUGAGCGGCCUUCGCGCUGGGCUAUACAUACCGUAAACGACCUGCCCUCUUACACAUCGUCCCGGAAAGUCUUGCUUAUUGGCGACGCCGCACACGCGAUGAACCCUCACCAAGGCUCUGGAGCGGGUCAGGGAGUCGAGGAUGGGUACCUCCUCGCCCACCUACUCGCCCACCCCGGCGCCGCGCUUCCGGACGUGUUGCGCGUCUAUGACUCGGCCCGACGCCCGACGUCGCAGCGAGUCGCAGCGGUCUCUCGCAUGUGCAGGGCAUGA